CCCAGCCCAACCCUCCGUCGUGGAACCGGUGGUCCUUGGGUGUCCCCGCCAGUGCUACUUACCGCCUCGCCUCGCGAUCGCGUGCGAUAAUUUGUCAUUACCCCUGGGCCUGGCAGAACGGAAUACCUGCGCCAAAUUGCGCGCUCCAACCUCUUUUAAACCGAAAGGCGCCCCAUACUGCGCCUCGCUCCCUCGUCCCGCCUCUGCUUCUUUGCCAUGCUCACAGAAGCGAAGAACGUAGCCACAAAAGCGGCGAAACGCGCCGUCGGUCACCCCAAAGAUCCUGUUCCCGUGGUGACCGUCGACCAUUGGGUCCGUCGUCUGUCCCCGGACCCGAAACGAGAGGCCCUCGACUACCUACGGAGUCUGUUCCCCAUAUUCGGCUGGAUCACCAGAUACAAUCUCGGCUGGUUAACGGGAGAUGUCAUCGCUGGCCUCACCGUCGGUAUUGUCGCCGUUCCCCAGAGCAUGUCCUACGCUAAGCUCGCGACACUCCCUGCCGAAUACGGGCUCUAUUCCACCUUUGUCGGCACUCUGGUCUACUCGCUCUUCGCGACGUCCAAGGAUGUCUCGAUCGGUCCGGUUGCCGUCAUGUCGCUGACAGUCUCGCAAAUUAUCGCCUAUGUCAACGACCAUCAUCCAGGCGUUUGGGCGUCGACGCAAAUCGCGACCACUCUCGCGUUCAUCUGCGGCUUCAUUGUUCUGGGCCUCGGUAUCCUUCGGCUCGGGUGGAUCGUCGAGUUCAUUCCCGCACCUGCUGUCAGUGGGUACAUGACUGGCUCCGCCAUCAAUAUCGUCGCUGGUCAAGUUCCUGGCCUGCUCGGCUUGACAGGUUUCAACACUCGUGCAGCCCCAUACCGGGUCAUCAUCGACACGCUUAAACAUCUACCGCAGACCAAGCUGGAUGCCGCCUUCGGGAUCACCGGUCUGGUGUGCUUGUAUCUGAUCCGCUUCGCGUGCGUGUACUUCACAAAGCGGCUCCCGCAUCGACAGCGACUGUUCUUCUUCAUAUCGGUCUUCAGGAACGCCUUCGUGAUCAUCAUUCUUACGAUUGCGUCCUGGCUGUUCACCCGGCAUCGGGAGACGAAGGCUGGCAAAUACCCGAUCAGUAUUUUGGGAAACGUUCCUCGGGGCUUCCAGCACCUCGGCGCUCCGAAGAUCGAGAAGGACCUCGUUACCGCACUGGCCAGCGAGCUCCCAGUCGCUACCAUCAUCCUGGUGCUCGAGCACAUCGCCAUUUCGAGAUCCUUCGGCCGUGUCAACGGAUAUAAAAUCAAUCCCAACCAGGAGCUCAUCGCCAUCGGCGUGACAAACACCAUCGGUACGCUCUUCGGCGCGUACCCUGCUACUGGUUCGUUCUCCCGCUCUGCCCUGUCCUCCAAGUCAGGAGUGCGCACCCCGGCAGCGGGUAUACUCUCCUCGAUGGUGGUCCUCGUCGCGCUCUACGGCCUGACUCCCGCCUUCUACUGGAUCCCGAACGCGGGUCUUUCCGCGGUCAUCAUCCACGCCGUCGCCGAUCUGGUCGCGUCUCCGCGCCAAGUCUACCACUACUGGCGCGUGUCGCCUCUUGAGUUCAUCAUCUGGGCUGCGUCUGUCCUGGUCACCGUCUUCUCGACCAUCGAAGACGGUAUCUACACCGCCAUCGCGACCUCCGCCGCCCUGCUCCUCGUGCGCCUCGCGCGGCCUCGCGGCUACUUCCUGGGCAAGGUGAAGGUCCGCGGCAGCGAGAAGUCGGACGCGGAGUCGCGCGACGUCUACGUGCCGCUCAACCCGAAGCCGUCGCUCUUGAAGGCUGGCGUGAAGGUCGCGCCGCCCGCCCCGGGCGUCAUCGUGUACCGCUUCGAGGAGAGCGUCCUGUACCCAAACGCGGCGUUGCUCAACACCGUCAUCGUGGACUACGUCAAGGAGAACAUGCGCCGCGGCAGGGACAUCAGCGCGAUCAAGCUCAGCGACCGGUCAUGGAACGAUCCUGGCCCUCGAAACGGUGGAGAUGAGAACGCGGAGAACCUGAAGAGACCCACGUUGCACGCCAUCGUCUUCGAUUUCUCUGGAGUCUCGCAGAUCGAUACCACCGCAAUACAGGCUCUGAUCGACACGAGAACAGAAGUGGAGAGAUGGGCGGACCGGCCGAUCGAGUUCCACUUCGCGACCAUCCUUUCGCCCUGGGUCCGUCGCGCGCUCAUCGCCGGAGGCUUUGGCACCGGUGCCCGCAAUUCGAGCGUGCCUCGAGAGAUCGCCGCCGUCGUCCCCUACCGCGGUGGCCAGGCCCUUGAUCGUGUGGACAAGCCCGAACAAGAUGAGGAGGCCCGCCUUCCGAUCGCCGAGGAGGAGCGCAAGUUUGAAGAGGAGACGUCACCGUUGGACCUCGAAGACACGCCCUUCAUCCACUUCGACCUCAUCAGCGCUGUUCGCUCCGCCGAGGCAGGCUUGCUGGCGCAGCCCGUGCAGACGUCCCGGUCGAGUACGUCGACCCUUUGCAGUAAGCAGAAGGCGGAGAUUGAGGAGCGCGACGCGUAGUUGUAGGUUGCACCGCUCCCGCUGGGUUUAAUGUGAUGACUUGAUGACUAGUUGGUGUAUAAUCAUGAUGUUGCUGCACACACUAUAGCAUUAGAUGCAUGACGCUCAUAAGGAGCUGUACGAUAGUUUAAAGUUACUGACAGUGCCAUUCGAGCCCAUGUAUACCAUAAUAACAUACAAAAGUACUUGCCUUAACGUGAA